CGGUUUUCUGUAGAAGAAGAGACAGGACUGUAAAAAAACAACAACAAAAAAACAAAAAGAACCUAAAAAAACCAACUUUGUGGCCCGCCGCCUCCUUGUUGCUCUCGAUGAGCGGUCUACAACAUGCGGAGGACACGGGAACCGAGUUACUGGUGGAUUUUACCCCUGAUGGUUCUGACCCUGCCCGAGCACGACGACUGUCAUCCCGUUGCAUCGGAUGGCCAUCCUAACUACGCGGAAGACGGGCAUCAUGGGAGCGGAGGCGUAAUGAGGGAGAGGAGGGCAGCUGGUGACCCCUACUGGUCCUAUUCAGGAAGCCAUGGACCUCGAGGCUGGGCAGCCUCAUAUCCAGAAUGUGCCGCGAACAACCAAUCACCUGUGGACAUAGCAGACGAACGAGCUCUGGUUUCAGAGGAGUACCAGGAGCUGGUGCUGGAAAAAUUCAACACUGAGUCCUCCAACCAGACCACCAUGAAAAACACUGGGAAGACAGUUGCUGUUCUCCUGAAGGAUGACUACUUUGUCAGAGGUGCCGGACUGCCAGGCCGCUUUAAGGCUGAAAAGAUGGAGUUUCACUGGGGCCAGAGUAAUGGAUCAGCAGGCUCGGAACACAGCCUAAGUGGCAGAAGAUUCCCUGUAGAGAUGCAGAUCUACCUUUACAAUUCAGAUGACUUUGACAGCCUCGCCGCUGCCAUCAAGGAAAGACGCAUCAUUGCUGCCAUGGCCGUUUUCUUUGAGCUGGGGCAAAAAGACAAUCCAGCUUUGGACCCCAUCAUCCUGGGACUGAAAGGAGUCGUGCAUCAUGAAAAGGAGACCAACCUCAGAUCUUUCAUCCUGAGGGAUCUGCUGCCGUCAUCAGUGGACAGCUAUUACCGAUACACAGGCUCUCUGACCACGCCUCCCUGCAGCAAGGUGGUGGAGUGGAUUAUCUUCUCCAGGCCCGUGUAUCUGUCCCACACACAGCUGGAGGCCUUUUACUCCAUCUUCACAACAGAGCAACAGGACCACGUCAAGUUUGUAGAAAAGUUGAGAAACAACUUCCGGCCCCUGCGGGACCUGGACAACAGGAAGGUCUUCAAGUCAGCUGUGAAAGAUGCAUGGCAGAGAGAUUUGACUGAGGUCCUAAGAAGCCCUCCAAGCACGGAGGCCUCAAGAGCCUGCAGCAGUGCCCCGGUGAGCAUGAAGAUCCAGCCGCUGAACCAGACCGCGUUGAUGGUGAGCUGGGAACGCCCUCUGACUGUCUACCACCCGCCGAUCACCAGCUACACGGUCUCCUACAGCUGGGUGAAACGUGACAUCGCGGAUGAAAACACAUUCACCAAAACUGGGGACCAGAGCAUGAAAGCAGUCAUCACUAAUGUGUCCCCUGACGUCCUGUACCUGUUCAGAGUGCAGGCAGUGUGUCAGCACGACCUGCGCAGUGAUUUCAGCCAAACACUGCUGUUCAGAGCCAACACAACACGAAUAUUCGAAGGGUCUCGCAUUGUGAAGACGGGGAUGCCCACGAUUUCGCCAGCAUCCUCGGCAGACAUGGCUCCGAUAAGUUCUGGUUCAUCCACGUGGACGUCGUCUGGCAUCCACUUCUCCAUAGUCUCCAUGGCAACGGGGAUGGGCCCCUCCUCUAGUGGCAGCCAGGCCACGGUGGCAUCGGUAGUGACAAGCUCGUUGCUGGCAGGCUUGGGCGUUGGUGGAGGGGUCAUCUCUUCUUUGCCCAGUUCUGUCUGGCCCACACAUGCGCCACAGGCCACUCACAACACCAACCGUCCCUCCGCCCCGCCUGCAAAGUCCAGCACUGAGCAGGCGGCUCCCCAGGGCUCUGAAGAUAACCCGUCUGAGGACAACCAGGCUGCACGGGAGGGCGAGGAGGAGGAGGAGGGCGAGGGGGAGAGAGAAGGGGAGCAGGAGGAGGGAGAGGAUGUGAAGAAGAAAAAGAACAAGAUUGCACCCGAUAAUGAGGAGAAGCAAGGGAACAGCACUGUGGCCAUAGAUCCUUUCAUCCCCACCCCUGCAUCCACAGCCAAAGAGAAAGGAGAAGGGAGGCCUGCAGGCAAUGGCACUGCGAUAGCUGCGAGUACUGAUGACGAGCAGUUAGUUAACGUGGAGAGGAAUCCCACAGAUGUGAAUGUGGUCUCCACUCAGGAGCCCCGCAAUGACAGUGCUGAGAUGCAGAUUCCCCAGAGCUCCACGCUGUCUCCGAAGAUCAGCAGUGAUGGGAAGAAUCUCUGGCCUUUCACUGUCCACACUGACAGGACCACUUUGUCCAACGUUACACGAAGCCCAUCUCCGGGGAUGGGCAGGAUGGUGUGGAUUGUCCCCCUAGUGGUGGUGUCUGCUCUCACUCUGCUCUGCCUCAUAAUGCUGCUGAUUGUGAUGGUCUAUUGGAGGAGAUUUUUCCAGACAGCUCACUUCUAUGUGGAGGAGAGCAGCUCGCCACGGGUGGUGGCCAAUGAAAGUAUUCCAGUCAUCCCUAUACCAGAUGACAUGGAGGCCAUUCCCGUGAAGCAUUUUGUCAAACACAUCAUGGCGCUCUAUAAGAACAACCUACAGGGAUUCGCUGAGGAGUUUGAGGAGGUUCAACGCUGUACGGCCGACCUGAAAAUCACAGCAGAACAUUCCAAUCACCCCGACAACAAGCACAAGAACAGAUACAUCAACAUCGUGGCCUAUGACCACAGCAGGGUGAAAUUACGAGCUCUGGCGGGGAAAGAUGCCAAACAUUCAGAUUAUAUGAACGCCAACUAUGUGGAUGGCUACAACCGCCCCAGAGCUUACAUCGCUGCCCAGGGUCCGCUCAAGUCCACGUUCGAGGAUUUCUGGAGGAUGGUGUGGGAGCAGAACACUGGAAUCAUCGUCAUGAUCACAAACCUGGUGGAGAAAGGCAGAAGAAAAUGUGACCAGUACUGGCCGACGGAGAACAGCGAGCAGUACGGAAACAUUGUGGUGACGCUGAAAAGCACCAAAGUGCACGCCUGCUACACACUGCGGCGUUUCCUGAUAAGGAACACGAAAGUUAAAAAGAGUCAGAAGGGGAAUCCUAAAGGGAAGCUGAACGAACGCACCGUGGUCCAGUAUCACUACACUCAGUGGCCUGACAUGGGAGUACCAGAGUACACGCUCCCCGUGCUCACUUUCAUCAACCGCUCGUCCGCGGCUCACGCUGCCGACAUGGGCCCCGUGCUGGUGCACUGCAGUGCAGGGGUUGGGCGCACGGGAACCUACAUUGUCAUCGACAGCAUGCUUCAACAGAUCAAGGACAAGAGCUCGGUCAGUGUCCUGGAUUUCCUCAAACACAUCCGCACACAACGGAACUACCUGGUGCAGACUGAGGAGCAGUAUGUUUUCAUCCACGACGCUCUGAUGGAGGCCAUCCUGAGCAAAGAGACGGAGGUGCCCGCCUGGCAGAUCCACGGUUAUGUCAACAGCAUCCUGACGCCCAACUCAACAGGCCACACGCGGCUGGAGAAGCAGUUCAGGCUGCUAACUCAGUGCAACACGCGCUUCGUGGAGUGCUUCAGUGCCCACAAAGACUGCAACAAGGAGAAGAACCGCAAUUCCUCGGUGGUUCCCUCGGAGCGAGCGAGGGUCGGACUCACCACUCUGCCCGGGAUGAAAGGAACAGAUUACAUUAAUGCGUCUUACAUAAUGGGUUACUACAGGAGUAAUGAGUUCAUCGUGACCCAGCAUCCUUUGCCCCACACCACCACCGACUUCUGGAGGAUGAUUUGGGACCAUAACGCUCAAAUUAUCGUCAUGUUGCCUGACAACCAAGGCCUGGCUGAGGAUGAAUUUGUUUACUGGCCGAGUCGGGAAGAGGCCAUGAACUGCAUCGCCUUCACCGUCACGCUCAUCAGUAAGGACAGACUGUGCCUCUCCAACGAGGAGCAGAUCAUCAUUCACGACUUCAUCUUAGAGGCCACGCAGGACGACUACGUCUUGGAGGUGAGACAUUUCCAGUGCCCUAAGUGGCCGAACCCUGACGCUCCCCUCAGCAGCACCUUCGAGCUCAUCGGUGUCCUCAAGGAGGAGGCGAUGACUCGGGACGGCCCCACCAUCGUCCACGAUGAGUGUGGAGCAGUGUCGGCGGGGAUGCUCUGCGCCCUCACCACUCUCUCCCAGCAGCUGGAGAACGAGGGCGUCGUCGACAUCUAUCAGGUGGCGAAGAUGAUCAAUCUCAUGAGGCCGGGAGUCUUCACUGAUAUAGAGCAGUACCAGUACCUUUACAAAGCCAUGCUCAGCCUGGUCGGUACCAGGGAGUGCGGCCUGAGCCCCAUGCACAUGGACACUAACGGCGUGGCGGUGAUCGCAGACGAGUCGGACCCCGCGGAGAGCAUGGAGUCGCUCGUCUGAGGACAUUCUGACGGGCACUUACUUUGUAAAAACCUGAGAACUUUUCUGAGGCCUUUUUUUGCCAGACUAUUGAUUAAAUGAAUAACCUUAUUACUUUUUUAUACUGAUAAAGGUUUUUUGAUAUUUAUGUUUUGGGGGGGGGGGGGGGGGCGGUUGUCCUUUAUUUCUUGUCUUAAAUGUUAUCCUGCUGAGCGUUUGCACCUGUUUUAAGUUGACGUGAGGAAGAAAGAAGAAAAGAAAAAAGCAGCUCUGUCCGGUUUGCACUAAACUAUCAGUGUUACUGCCUACAUCCAGCAAGAGUUCAAUUCUGGCUACACGACGACAAGACUGGGAUGUCUGGAGCCGCAGUGAGACGAACCGGGAGGCGUUCAAGACGAAACGCGGCACCACAACGGAGCCCAGCAUGCAUUGUCACUUUGUCACCUCGACGAAACAAAACUGUUCUGAGGCUCCGCUCCCACACGCGUGAAGAGACUCUGACCUGCCUAAUAUUCACAUACUGUCCAAAUAUCUCACUGCUGUCGUGUGUAAUGUACCUAUGGCUUAUUUUGUUUAAGUGUGUUACAACAUGUAAUGUGAACAUUUAUUGCUUUUUUAGAGGGAUUUAUAUUGUUAUAUUGUUUUGGAAUAUAUCCUUAAUAGCCAGCCAAUGUUUAUGUUUUUUUCUUUUAGUACUUUCGUCCACUGUUUUUUUGUGUAGAUUCAUAUUUUUUGGAGAUGCUGUAGCUUUUCAUCAACGGCCUACACGACUCCACGGGUUUUAUUUAUCAGCAUUUUCACGCUUUUGCACCCUCAACUGUCACAAGCUCAACGGUUACGACAUGCGAUGGGUUUGUGUUGACACAAUGCAACGCCUGCAAAAAAGCAUUUGCCCCCACACUUAAAAAAAAUCUUCAUGCUUUUGUUUUGCAACGUUGAGUCACAGAGGAUGUGAUGAGGGCUUUUGGCAAAUCUAUCAACGUGAAAACAAAUGUCCGCAAAUUGGUCAAAAUGAACUACUAGUUUAAAAUGGAUUAUGGAGUGACAUCAAUUGAUACAGGAAGUUUUCACUUUAAUUCACUCUCGAAUCUUUGUAGAUCAAAGAUUGACUGCUUCUCUUUCUGACUGUCCUGUCGAACUGUGAGUGAGCGGCUGUGUCCUGCCACUAACUCUGGACCGGAUUGAGGUCUGGACUUGAUUAUUUUCCCCUUCAGGACAUUAAAAUCAAUGUUUUAAAAACACUCCCACAUAGUUUUGACUUUGUAUUUGGGUUCACAUCAAUCUUGAAGGAAAGUAAGACUUGCAGAGGCUGCUGCAGAGCGACAUCCUCACCAGGCUGCACGGUCGUGGCGCUGUGUUACUUUUCACAUCAGAUUUGUGAGGAUGUCCUCCCUUGGAACAUUUGCAGCUGUGCCUUACUCUAUUUUUUUUGUUGAUGCGAUUCGGAAAUAAUUUCCUCUCUCAAUUUGUACUGAUUAGAAACUUGUCCCUGAUGCGUUGGAAUAUUUGAUCAGUUUUCAUGUUGACGGUUUUUGCCAGGAGACUUGACUAAAUAGCGUUUGGACUUCUAACAUUUUUUUUCCCCACUUAGUUUCCUGCUGUACAAAUUUCACUUUGACAGCAGCUUUUUUCUUUUGAUCAGUGCCCCAAAAAAAAUCCUAAUUACAUCCACUGCGACUCAAAAUUGCAAAUGAAUAAAACAUGAAAAAGUCCAAAUGGUUGGGACUACUUUUUACUGGUAGUGUAGAUGUUUUUUAUUUUAUUUUUUUUUAAUAUGGUGGCUUGAUGCUUUAUUUGUAACCAAAGAUGUGGUUCCAGUUUGUAACAUGCAAGUUGGUUUUGUCCUGAAAUCUAUUUAAUAACUAGAAUAUAAAAUCUAAAUGGUGCAGUGCAGAUUUCCAGUGUCCAAGGUGAGAAUGUAACCAGAGUCAAACAUGUUUCUGUUCCCGCCUCACAGUAGAUAACCAGAGGACACGAUGCUUUCCUCACUCCGCACAUUAGACUAGAAGAUACAAGAAUUUGUAUUUUUUAUUUGGGCUGAUAUUCUGUCUCCGCACUAUUUUGUGGCUAAUAAUUCCCCUUUUUAACCCUGAUUUACUUUUUUUUUUUUUCAUUUUUUCUUUCUGCUGAUAACAUCUGCUUCUCUAUUAAAGGGGAGUUUACUAAGUCCAGUGAAGAUUCUCCAACAUUUGGAGGAAAGUCCAGAUUACCGAUCACUAAGUUCAGCAACACAAGCUUUUCUUUGCUGCAACUAUUUUUCCUUUCUUUCUUUCUUUUGUAUGAACGCCAGCGUCGUCUGGGUUUGAUAUUUCCACGCGUUUAAAACGUGAGUGCUUGGUUUGCUUCGAGAACAAACGACUGACUUCAAUCUCACUUUUGUGAUUAUAGACAGACUUAUGUAUUUUCCUACAAAGAUUUGGUUUGAGCAGUGGCCCCUGUGACAGAUUGUACUUCACUCAAAAUCUCCACUGCAAAAUUCGCCAACGUCCACAAUCACACCUGCCCCUUGCCGGUGUCCGGACCACAAUGUUGUGACGGAAAGUGCAGGAUGUCACCCUCAGUGGAUCCAGUCAGGGUGCGUCUGACUUGUAACUUAAUAAAUGAUAAACUGCUCAUGUUUAUAUAAUGGUAUCAUAGCCAUAUAUCCCUAUGAUUCUGUUAUAUAUCAUAUUAUAGUGUCAUAUUGUUAUUGAAUAGGUAAACUGUAUUGCUCUACAAUUAAAAUAAAGUCUGGGUUUUUUUCGGA